AUGCGCCGACCCGAGCGGCAGUUCGAUCCCUUCUCUGAAUCCCCCAUGGAUGGAGUGAUUGCAGCCACCUGCGAGGUGCGCAUCAUUUCAGGCCAGUUUCUCUCCGACCGGAAGGUGGGCACUUACGUGGAGGUGGACAUGUAUGGCCUGCCGACAGACACCAUUCGGAAGGAAUUCCGGACGCGUGUUGUUCCCAACAACGGUCUCAAUCCCGUUUACGGUGAAGACGCCGUCUUCGUCUUCCGCAAGGUUGGUGUACUGCUUUAUUUUGUGUUGAGUCUGUCAUCAGGUCUUUCACCCCCACCCAACAUUCAGGUGUGUUAG